GUCGGUGAACGACCUCUUUCGUCUCUUAUCGGAGCUAAACGGGUCACCUUGUAAAAACGGCACUUGCCUUCUGUUGGCAGACGGUAUUUGUGGUCGUCUGCUACGAUAGUCUUCUGCUUCGGAAGCCGCGCAAGAAUAUUUUAUUUCGGCAAAUGAAGACGUAGAUCUCAACGAACCAUACGGCCAUGGUUUCCUGGUUGGUGCCAGCCCUGUUCAGCUACGCAAUUCCAGCGCUGGUUACCCUCAUAGUUUGUUUGAUCAUCCACGAAAUUCCGAGGCUUACGAGAAAAGGCCUCCCACCUGGACCGUACGGACUACCCGUAGUGGGAUAUUUGCCUUUCCUCGGAAAAGAUGCACACCGAGACAUGGACCAGCUGCGGAAGCAGUACGGCAAUAUAUUCGGCAUGUUUCUUGGCUCCCGGUUCGUAGUCGGCCUUUGCGACUACCCCGCGGUGAAGGAAGCUCUAAGUCAAGACGCUUUGCUGAACAGGCCAAAAGACAUCCCGUUCGCUAUGAAUAAAGAAUCACAAGGCCUUAUGGUCGUCAACGGUCCACUUUGGCGGGAGCAGAGGAGGUUUUCACUAAGGCUCUUCAAGAACCUCGGUGUUACUACACAGACCAUGGAGCAGCAUAUUCACGAUGAGCUGCAGCACCUCUUGGUCGAGUUCAAGAAAUGCGAGGAGAAGCCCGUGGUGGCAACGACAUAUCUCACACCGAGCAUGUCGAACAUCAUCUCGGCUCUGGUCUUUGGGAAAAGGUUCGAGUACAAGGACUCCGAACGUGUCUACUUGGACGACCUUAUCGAAACAAUUCCCAGACUAGCGGCCCAGAUGUCAGCCGUGAACUUCUUCCCGUGGAUCCGAGACCUAUUGCUCUUCUUCAAAGUUGGCAGCUGCGAGAAGUUGAGACACGCUCUUGCCUGCAGAGAAGACUUUGUCGACUCAAAGAUCACGAGUCACGAAGAGACUUUCGAGGAAGGCACGGUACGGGAUUAUAUCGACGGGUUCCUCUCUGAAAUGAAACAGGACGGUUCCAACCCAAUGUUUACAAGACAAGUGCUGAAGGGCAACGGGGCCUCUUUCUUCGGCGCCGGGAGCGAGACUGUUCGAACGGCUAUCGACUGGCUGUUGCUGGUGUCUGCAGCGUACCCCAACGUACAAGAGAAGGUUCAAGCAGAGAUCGCAGAAGUUGUCGGUCACGACGGUCAGGUUUCCUGGUCGGACAGUCGGCGAAUGCCAUACACUCAAGCUGUCAUCUGGGAACUUCUGCGCUGGAAGCCGAUCAACCCUCUCAACCUCAUGCGACAAGCGUACUCUGACGUCAAGGUCGGCGACUACAUCAUUCCGAAGGGCAGCAUCGUGAUAGCGUGCCUGUGGUCCUUGUUCCACGAUCCUGAGGUUGCGCAAGAUCCCGAGGUGUUUCGACCUGAGCGGCACCUCACGGACAACGGGCGAAAAUUUGUGAAGCCUGAGUAUCUGAUCCCUUUCUCCUAUGGCAAGCGUUCCUGUCCAGGAGAGGUGAUAGCAGUCAUGGAGAUCUUCAUCUAUUUCACUACACUUCUUCAGCACUUCUGCGUCACUGUUCCAGAAGGGAGAACCCUGAAUUUCAACGAAGUCCUAGGAGUCUCUCUUAGGCCUGAGCCGCAGGAGCUUAUCAUGCGUCGCCGAUAGAUGACACCGCGGACAACAUCCACGUAGUUCUGCUUUUACAGCUCUUUGAAGGUCUAUGAAAGACAGAAAGUGAAACCACAGUAUAUGACAGCAGGUUGUUCUUCCUUAGUAUAGAACUGUCGUCUGCUAGAAAUAUCGAUCGCUCAACGUCCAAGGCCCAAUGCCAAUUGCGUACAUAUGUGUGCCAGCGUUACACAUAUCUGCGUCCAGGAAGAUUUGUGUUUCUGUACACUAGCCAAUUAGCGUACGAGGAGAGGAAGAAUUGUUUCGACGAGUCAUUGUCAGCCAGAUCAUGGUACUGCCGAUGGUCAUUUAAGAGUACACUACAAAUAUGGAAUCAUUCAGGCGAUCUUUUUUCUUUUUUUCAUACAAGAUUUUACGAAGUUUUAGACUCCAUUUUAUCGAAUGUACGCUGUUUUCACAACUUUCACAUAGAAAAGCGCGUAAUACUGUUGUAAAUGCUGUUAGACUUCUUUGCCCAGAAAUUGUUUUCAUGUAGUCUAUUUGUACAUAUGUAUCCGUGUAAUAAAUGUGUGUUUUCAACCAA